UGAAGAUGGCUGCGACCGAGGAGGAGCCGAAGCCCAAAAAGCUGAAGGUGGAGGCGCCACGAGCGCUGAGUGAAAAUAUUCUCUUUGGAAUGGGAAAUCCUCUUCUUGACAUCACUGCUACAGUGGAUAAGGAUUUCCUUGAUAAGUAUUCUCUUAAACCAAAUGACCAAAUCUUGGCUGAAGACAAGCACAAGGAAUUGUUUGAUGAACUUGUAAAAAAAUUCAAAGUUGAAUAUCAUGCUGGUGGCUCUACACAGAAUUCUAUUAAAGUGGCACAGUGGAUGAUUCAGCAGCCACACAAAGCAGCAACAUUUUUUGGAUGCAUUGGGAUAGAUAGAUUUGGAGAGAUCUUGAAGAAGAAAGCUGCAGAAGCCCAUAUAGAUGCUUAUUACUAUGAGCAAAAUGAGCAAACAACGGGAACUUGUGCUGUGUGCAUCACUGGUGACAACAGGUCCCUUGUAGCUAAUCUUGCUGCUGCCAAUUGUUACAAAAAGGAAAAACAUCUUGAUAUGGAGAAAAACUGGACAUUGGUGGAAAAAGCAAGAGUUUUUUAUAUAGCAGGCUUUUUUCUUACAGUUUCCCCAGAGUCGGUAUUAAAAGUGGCUAACCACGCUUCUGAAAACAACAGAAUUUUUACUUUGAAUCUGUCUGCACCAUUUAUUAGUCAGUUCUACAAGGAAUCACUGAUGAAAGUUAUGCCUUACGUUGACAUACUUUUUGGAAAUGAGAUGGAAGCUGCCACUUUUGCUAGAGAGCAAGGCUUUGAGACUGAAGACAUUAAAGAGAUAGCCAAAAAGGCACAAGCUCUGCCAAAGGUGAACCCAAAGAGGCAGCGAAUCGUGAUUUUCACCCAAGGGAGAGAUGACACUAUAAUGGCUACAGAAGGUGAAGUCACCGCUUUUCCUGUCUUGGAUCAAAACCAGGAAGAAAUUGUUGAUACCAAUGGAGCUGGAGAUGCAUUUGUUGGAGGUUUUCUGUCUCAGCUGGUCUCUGACAAGCCCCUGACUGAAUGCAUCCGUGCUGGUCACUAUGCAGCAAGCGUCAUAAUUAGGCGGACCGGCUGCACUUUUCCUGAGAAGCCAGAUUUCCACUGAUAGAAGAGCAGGAAAUCCAAGUCCAGAGGAACAGAUACUGCCCUGAUUGCUUCCUGAGAAUUCCCAUAUUAAUAAAGAAGAAGAUUAUCUGCCAUCUUUUCCUACUAUAAUAAUAUUCAUUCUUAAUUUAGAGGGUACAGUAAUGCUCAGUAGAAUCUUUAUUCUCUCAAUAACCUAAAAAGAUAAUGUCUAUUUCCAUAGUUUGAUAGUGCCACGUAAGUGUUGAUUAAACAGGAAUAUAACAUUUCAAUGGAAAUUUUUAUUUCAUCUUCAAUUACUUUGUAAAUUCAUGUGUAUUUAGCAAAUUGAUCAGUUUUUUUACAUUUCUGCUUUGAAUGCAGAUGCUAUUUAAUAUAAUAGAUUUUUAAACAGGAAUUAAUUCUAACACAUAAAUCUUCAGCUUUUUAUACAAGUAUAUUUAAUUUAGGAGUAUGUGUAUGUAUAUAUGUACGUGUAUGUCUAUACAUACAUAUAUGUGUACCAUAUAUAUGAAUGAUAAAUGAUCAAAUAAGUUACAAAAGUAUUUAUCUUGCCAAGUUAUGCCAAAUAAUCUCUUUAGUGCACAAACAUGUAAUAAACUUUGGAUAAUUAAAUAAGUUGCCAAAUUAUAUUAUAUUACAAUAUUCAAAGUAUAAUCUUAUACUUACCUGUGGUACUCCGUAACUUGAUAAGAGUAAAAACUUGUCAUAUAGGAAUUUUCUUCUGUCUUUGCCCUAUGUUCAACAAAAUAAGGAGGUUAAGUUCAUUAUUUAAUACUGGGCCCUGAAAUGGUAUCUACUUCAUUGAUGGGGAUAGAAAGAAAAACAACAUAACACAUUGAAAAGUAAGUUAGUAUUUGAGAUCAAUAAGUGAUUGUUUUAAGGAAGACAAAAUGGCAUAAUAGAACCUCUGGAGUCAAAUUUAAUUACCUUCAUAUAACUUUGGGCAAAUUACUCAGCCUCUUUUUCCUUCAUUUUCCUUUCCAUAAAAUGGGAUAAUAACUCCAUAUACAAGAUCACUGAGAUGAUUUGAAAGAAAAUACCAAGUAUAAAAUGCUUGCUUGCUACAUGCCUAGUAAGUGCUUAAUGGGUACCUGCUAUUUUUAUCAUUAUGAUUAUUAUUGUUGAAGAAAAAAAGGUAAUAUUGUUAAAACUGAAUUCAAACCAUAGAAAAGGGUUCAAGAUUUUUUCGCUUUAUGUUUAGGAAAACUUUAAUGUAUGCUAUGCUUGCUUGUCUUUUUCUUUUUUUAAUUGAGAUAUAAUUCAUAUACCAUAAAAUUUCCAUUUUAAAAUGUAUGGUUCAUUGUGUUUUAGUGUGAUCACAAAAUUGUACAACCAUCACCAUUUUAAUCACCCCAAAAAGAAAUACUGUAUCUCCCAAUUCACCAUACCCCCCAUCCCCUGGCAACUACUGAUCUAUUCUCUGUCUUUUUAAAUUUGCCUGUUCUGGACAUUCAUAAAAAUGGAAUCAAUAUAA